AUGUGUCCGCGCCUGGUACCAUCGGUUGAUAGCCAAGAAGUGCCAGUGUCUGGCCUUUUUGCAAAAUCUGAUCAACAUCGCAUUGGGCUGUACGAUGCUGCUCAGAUAAAACACAUACUGACCUUAGGCGAUGGAAAUUUUUCAUUUUCGCUGGCUCUGGCGAUCGCACUGGGUCCGGAUUCAGACGUACAUAUUGUUGCUACUUCGCAUGAAAGCAAAAAGACUGUGCUGGAGACGUAUCCGGACAGUGAAAAGAUAUUAGAGAAGCUAAAUUCUUUAAAACACGUAACUGUGCUGCACGAGGUGGAUGCCACCAAUAGUAAGCAGAUGAAGAUGCUUGGCUGCUUUGAUCGCGUCAUAUGGAAUUUCCCAUGCGUUCGAGCACUUCGCGGAGAAGAUGGGCAGAACCAAGAGAUGGAUUUAAAUAAGAAACUUUUAAACGACUUUUUCGCCAACGUAGCGCAGAUUCUGACGCCUACAGGUGAAGUGCACGUGACACAUAAAACUAAAAAGCCUUUUGGUCAGUGGGGCAUCGAAAACAUCGCUAAGAUCAACAAGCUUCGUCAUCAGAAAUCCGUCGUCUUUGAUCGAUGCUUGUACCCUGGUUACUCGAACAAGAAGGUGCUAUCAAAGGGAUCUUUCCCAAUUUGGGACUCACUGACUUUCAUUUUUGUGCCGGAAGAUCGUGUAGUGCUCGAUGAAACAAAAGAUAGCAGUAAUAAUGCGGCUGAAGCAGAAGUUCUAGACAAGAGUGUUCUUAUUGAACCGAUCACGGCGGAUAUCCUCAGAAAGCUUUACCUUCUUCUGACGCCAUCGCUGGUAGAACUGCUGGGUAAGAAGAAAAAGAAGCACAAGGAGUCAAAAAGUAGUAGCCACGGGGGCAACAUACUUGGCGUGAAUGACAAAUGCGUUCACAGAGAUGGUAUUUCUUCGAAGAGCAACAACAAGAGAAAGCAGUGUGCGUCUGAUCAUAUAGAGAGAAGAAAGCGGAAAAAGGGAAGCAGAGAAUAUUAA